UCCCUGCGCAGGCGCAGCGCCCCGUAAACAGGAAGCGGCGGCGGCGGCCCCGGAGCGGCGGAGACAAAGGGGCUGCGGAGCGGGGACGGCAGGGACCCGGCUCGGCUCGGCCCGGCCCAGCGAGCGGCGGCGCUGGCGGCGGGCGGCAGGAUGGUGCAGAAGGAGGGGCAGGCGGCGUUGGAGGAGCCCCAGGGAAGUCCCAACCCAGCUGGGGUGCCCGGCGCUCCCUUAGAGCCGCCAGGCGCCACGGCAGGGCCGGUCCCGGGGGGCGAGGAGACCGACACCGAGACGGAGACCGCGCUGGGCUCCCGCCGCUUCCUUUGCGGAGUCGUCGAAGGAUUUUAUGGAAGACCUUGGGUGAUGGAGCAGAGGAAAGAACUUUUUAGAAGGCUUCAGAAGUGGGGACUGAAUACAUACCUGUAUGCUCCAAAGGAUGACUACAAGCAUAGGAUGUUUUGGCGAGAAAUGUACUCUGUGGAGGAAGCGGAGCAGCUAAUGACUCUAAUAUCAGCUGCACGAGAACAUGAAAUAGAAUUCAUCUAUGCAAUCUCACCUGGACUUGACAUCACUUUCUCCAAUCCUAAAGAGGUAUCCACAUUGAAACGUAAGCUGGACCAGGUUUCUCAGUUUGGGUGCAGGUCUUUUGCACUGCUGUUUGAUGAUAUCGAUCACAACAUGUGUGCAGCAGACAAAGAAGUUUUCAGUUCUUUUGCUCAUGCUCAAGUCUCAAUCACAAAUGAAAUUUAUCAAUAUCUAGGAGAACCAGACACGUUCCUUUUCUGUCCUACAGAAUACUGUGGAACUUUCUGUUAUCCAAAUGUUGCCCAGUCACCGUAUUUACGGACUGUAGGAGAAAAACUACUCCCUGGAAUUGAAGUGUUAUGGACAGGUCCGAAAGUUGUAUCCAAAGACAUCCCGGUAGAAUCCAUUGAAGAAGUUUCGAAGAUCAUCAGGAGAGCACCAGUUAUCUGGGAUAACAUUCAUGCUAAUGAUUAUGAUCAGAAGAGGCUUUUUCUUGGGCCUUACAAGGGUCGGUCAACUGAACUCAUCCCUCGACUAAAGGGUGUUCUGACCAAUCCAAACUGUGAAUUUGAAGCCAAUUAUGUUGCCAUUCACACCCUUGCGACCUGGUACAAGUCUAACAUGAAUGGAGUGAGAAAAGAUGUGGUGAUGACUGAUACUGAAGACAGCACAGUUUCAAUCCAGAUUAAAUUGGAAAAUGAGGGCAGUGAUGAAGAUAUUGAAACAGAUGUUCUCUACAGCCCACAAAUGGCCCUGAAGUUGGCCUUAACAGAAUGGUUACAGGAAUUUGGAGUACCUCAGCAAUACAGCAGUAGACAAGUGGCCCACAGUGGUGCUAAAACCUCUGUAGGGGAUGUAGGGCCGCUGGUGGCACCAUCCUCUUUAAAUGCAGCAACGGUGGUUACCACAGUGUACCAGGAGCCCAUCAUGAGCCAGGGUGCGGCGCUGAGCAGUGACUCACCAGCCUUGGCCAAGGAGGAGGAGAAGAAGCAAUCUGAUGAGGAGCCAAUGGACAUGGUGGUGGAAAAACAAGAUGAUGUAGACAAGAAUGCAAACCAGAUACUGACAGAUAUUGCUGAAGCCAAGAUGGCAGAGGAGCUGAAGCCAAUGGAUACAGAUAAGGAGAGUAUAGUUGAGUCAAAGUCUCCAGAGAUGUCUAUGCAGGAAGACUCUGGUAGUGACAUUGCACCUAUGCAGACUGAUGAGCAAAUUAACAAAGAACAUUUUGUGCCUGGGCCAAAUGAAAAGCCUCUUUACACAGUAGAACCAGUGACUUUAGAGGACUUACAGCUCCUUGCUGACUUGUUUUACCUUCCUUAUGAACAUGGACCCAAAGGUGCACAGAUGCUGAGGGAAUUCCAGUGGCUCAGAGCAAAUAGCAGUGUUGUCAGCGUUAAUUGCAAAGGAAAGGAUGCUGAAAAAAUAGAAGAAUGGCGUAACCGAGCAGCCAAGUUUGAAGAGAUGUGCAGCUUAGUGAUGGGCAUGUUCACUCGCCUCUCCAAUUGUGCCAACAGGACAAUCCUUUAUGACAUGUACUCCUACGUCUGGGAUAUCAAGAGUAUUAUGUCAAUGGUGAAAUCUUUUGUGCAGUGGUUAGGGUGUCGUAGUCAAUCUUCAGCACAGUUCUUAAGUGGAGACCAAGAACCCUGGGCCUUUAGAGGUGGUCUAGCAGGAGAGUUCCAGCGUUUGCUGCCUAUUGAUGGGGCAAAUGACCUCUUUUUUCAACCACCUCCAUUAACACCCACUUCCAAAGUGUACACCAUACGACCCUACUUCCCUAAAGAUGAGGCAUCUGUAUAUAAGAUCUGCAGAGAAAUGUAUGCUGAUGGAGCUGAUCAACCCUUCCACAGUUUACCAGAUUUAAUUGGAGACAAGUUAGUUGGAGGUCUGCUCACCCUCAGCCUGGAUUACUGCUUCGUCUUAGAAGAUGAGGAUGGCAUAUGUGGUUAUGCUUUGGGAACAGUUGAUGUAACUCCCUUCAUUAAGAAAUGCAAAAUGUCUUGGAUCCCUUUCAUGCAAGAAAAAUAUACUAAACCAAAUAGUGACAAGGAGCUGUCUGAGGCAGAGAAAAUAAUGCUAAGCUUCCAUGAAGAACAAGAAGUACUGCCAGAAUCGUUCCUUGCUAACUUCCCAUCUUUGAUAAAAAUUGAUAUCCACAAAAAAGUGACAGAUCCAAGUGUGGCCAAAAGUAUGAUGGCCUGCCUGCUCUCUUCUCUAAAGGCUAAUGGCUCCCGUGGGGCUUUUUGUGAAGUGAGACCAGAUGAUAAAAGAAUCUUGGAAUUUUACAGCAAGCUGGGUUGUUUUGAAAUUGCUAAAAUGGAAGGAUUUCCAAAGGAUGUUGUUAUCCUUGGAAGAAGCCUUUGAAGUGCUUGACAGUCAACUGUUCCAGUACUGUAGACCCAUAACAGCUGGGCAGGUAGUGGUGGGGAUCUUCAUGUGGUCUAACUGCACAAAGCCAGCAAUAAGCCAGCUUGCUAAAAGGGGCUAUGCGAAAAUCACCCAUCACACAUUCAGACUGUAAUUUGUUGGAAGGGGAUAAUGCUGCUGAAAACGUUGUUAUAACAAAGAGAAACCUUGUCCUCUCCUGGUCCUGUGUGAAGUGCCAAGGAAUCUUGCAUGGGCUAUAGCUUCUCAGAGGAAUCCCUCUCAGUCAGUGCUGUGGUUGAUGACAGUUCUCUGUGUUCAAGUGUCAACAGAAAAUUGGUGUCUGGCAGAAUGCCUAUAAAAGAUGCAGGGUUUUUUUUCUCUGUCAUAGAGCAGAAUGUGCAAUUGGAAGUUGCAGAAAUGUGAGGGAUUGCUUGUGUCAAUCAGCAUUUUUAAAGAUAAGUAGUUAUAGUUCUAUUUUUUACUACCUUUGCGCUUGUUGAUAAAGCAAUGACCCAUUGUCACUUCUAAUGACCAUUGGUUCAAGCUUUGCAUUUUGUUAGGGACAAAUGUGCAGUGGUCUGUGGCAGAAGUCACUCAAUGACAGACUUGUAAAUCUCAGUGUAUAUACACUUAGCUGUAUGCUGACUAACUUUUUGUUUACUGGUUUUUGUAACUUUUUCUUUUGAAAAAUGAAAUGGUGAAGGUCCAAGAUGGCACUUUUGAAGAACCUGAAAACCACAAUCGAGAACAAGUCUGUCCUCAGCACUGACCUUUCUUACUGUGCCUCAUAUCCAGGGCUAGGAACUGACCAUCUUGGGAAAAGGGAGCAGAUCCCAACUGACCCUUCCUUCAGAUAGCAGUUUGUCACUGCUUGAGGGUGUCAUUCUCCUAGGACUGAAACAGCAAUUCACAGGAUGCUUUGCUGAACCUGUUAAUUUUGGUGAUGUUUGCAUGGGAUUAUGGAUGAAUGAUGGUGAGAGGGAGAGAGAGCUGGCCCACAGCUGGGAUUUGUCCUUGGAAGAGUCACCAUGUUUCAAAGCCUGUUCGUACUAGUUUGAUUAAAUCAGGGUCUUCAAGUCCUGCACAUUUGUAUCAAAUAACUUUUCUAUAAGAAAUGCCACAAUAAGCACAUUUUUACACAUUAUUUAAAUGGUUAUCUACUUUUAAAUGUUCCAAGAGUUUAAUGUUUUUACCCAGGAUGGACAUGCUUGGUGAUGGGAUGGAACUGGUGUCAUAUGCGACCUGGUAGGUAGUUGGAUCAUUUAAUGGGAAUGGUAUUUCACAAUAGUCCCAGUGUUCCAGACAGUGAUUGGACAAUGGUAUGCACUUUGCAGUACUUUGUUUCUUCCACCUGCUGCCAUCAGCUGUCUAUAUCUUAUGUUUAAAUUUUCCUGGGGUUUUUUCAGUGGUGCACAAAGGAAGCUUGGUUGCUCUUACAAGCCUCCAGCUGCAUAGAAGUUGAUUUGCAGCCUGUAAUGAAUGGCAUUAAGACUGCAGUAAUGCUCUCUGCAACCUGUAAAGAGAUGCUGUGUUUGGCCUUCUGGUGCAGUCAUAUGCAAGAUGUUUCUUUCUUUUUUUUUUUUUUUCCUUUUUUGCAGAAUGUGAAUUAUUUUUAAUGCAGUAGUGAAGUAUUUAAGUUGAAACAAAUUCAUUUCAUUUUUAGAGAGAGGUAUGGGGUUGUGCUGUGGGAUUUCAUUAAGUCCAAGCUGAAUGCCACUAGUUUUUAUACAGCUUUGAGUGCAUGUUGAGUAGCUGAUACCUUGAUUUACCAGGUGGGAGAGUUUUGUUUCUUCAUGGAUACCAGACUUGACUUACUUUAUCUGGAUGCAUAACAUUACAGCAUAGGAUGCUUGUGGCCUUAUUUCUUGGCUUUUAAGGAGUUGCCACAUUUCUCUUCCUAUGAAUUUGUUAUUAUUAUAGAAGUUAAUUGUCUAAGCCUAUGGAAUGUCAGGCCAAUACCAUCAUUCUAGGAUUGUAAAGUGAUAUGUUGACAUAUCUUUCAUGGUUAUGACUUUUCAUUAAGGUUGGAAUGCCACUUUCAUUAAUCUGUUUUAGAUCAACAGUAUCUGUAGCAGAAAAAGACCUGUAAAACUGUAUUUGAAGACCAUGCGAGAAAUAGAAUAAAAAAUGAGAAGUGAAUGUAAAUAAGUGUGUAUUUUGUGUAUGAGUUGGUCCAGAAACAGAUGUGGUUCAGCAACGUACAUUACAUCACACUGUAAGUGUUGGGAUCAGCUGUCGGAGACUUGUGUCUGGUUUUAGUGUUGGCAGUUGUAAAUCCACAAAAUUUAGCUUGGGAAGAUAAAUACAGAGCUACCUAAAGCAAGUAGCUUCCUGCUUAGAGUGAUAGCUAAGUGAAGGGAUGGGCCAAGGCUACGAAAAGCAACUUUUUCCACAAGUCACUUCACAAGAGUUUGUCUACCUGCUGCACAAGUGCACUCACUGCUGGUGUGGAGAACAGGAUAACACACAAACCAAGCAUGGAAGUUAGGAGGUGAAAAACUUUUCUCCUAGUCCAGUAAGUGUUGUCUGUUAAAACGAGUAAUGUGUUGCACAUGGAUGACUAUGUUUUCUUAAAGCCUAUUUCAUGAGGUUAUGUCAGACUUGUCUCUGUACAGCAUACCUUGGCAUGAGAAAAGGGAGUGUGCUCUGAUCUUACACCAGACUCUUUUCCUUUAAGGGAGCAUAAUGCAGCAAUAGAUGCUCCUGCCUCCAUUGCUCCAUGGCUGCAGAUGGGUCAGGUCGGGUCAGGUGGCUGCACAGAGCAGCUGCUGAGAAGCACAUGGGUGUGUGCUUGUGUAACCAUUGCUGUACGAACACUUGCUUCAGCUUUUCAAACCUCUUCGGUCAGGUUUUUCUUGAACUUACUCCAGCUUGAGCAAAGCUAGCAGCUGCCUAGCAGAAGUCUGUGCGGGAGGAGCAGAGCCAGGUUCAUCCCCCUAAUGCAGUGUGAGCCUCGUUAAUGGGGUUUGUUUUAAUUUGGCUGCUCCUCUGCACCAAGCAGACUGCUUCCCUUUCUGCUUUGAAAGGUUGGUCCAGCCCUCUCCUCUUUGCCGCAGAUUUUGAAGUAGGAUAUUGUCUUCUGCGCUCAAAUGCUCCGGUGCUGCAGUCCCCAGUGUCAGAUCAAGCUGCUCUUGCCCAUGCUUAAAGGGAUGGAAAUGAACAGGUCCCUCCCGUUGUGGCACUUCCUCCAUUCUUGUCCAUCCUCCAUCCUGUCCCCCGGUACCCUUUUUUAUGCCCCCAGUCUCCUGGCUUUGUAGGUGCCCUGUGUCUCCUCUCCAGUGCUGGGGCGGCUGCCGCCGUGGGCCGGGAGGGUGCCCAGGAGAGGGAUGAUACGUAGUAAGGACUAUUUUUCCGAUGUGGCCUUUCCGCAGCUGGCGCUGGGGCCAGUAAAUGCAGAAGGCCCGGGAUAGAAAUUCCCGAAUUAAAGGCUGCGGGGCGCUGCUGCAGGACCCUUUGGUCCGGCCCCCGGGGGCGGCUCGGCUCGGCUCGGCACAGCUCGGCACUGCACGGCU